CGAUAUCCUCCGUCUAAACUAAAUACUACCAGCAACCGCGAUACCCUUUGAGCCCUGUUUUCUACUUUUGAUAGAUCGCCAUCCCCUCAGCGUCCCUACACCUCACGUCUUCGUCGUCUUACACCCGACAUCGAUCCAAGUUAGCUCUGCCCGCCACGAGCUUCCCCUCCCAAGGACCACGACGACAUCACAUCCUCGAUCACCGUCCUUCGGAGACCCGAACCACCACCCCCACCACCACCACCACAACACCUAUUCCCUAGAGUGCCUUCAUAAACACCCGCCAAAAUGUCACAAGUUCACGCCUUGUCCGACGAUCAGGUCGGACAAGAGCUCCGCAAGAUGACGGCCUUCAUCAAGCAAGAAGCCGAGGAAAAGGCGCGCGAGAUCCAGAUCAAGGCCGACGAGGAAUUCGCCAUUGAAAAGUCCAAGCUGGUCCGCCAGGAGACGGACGCCAUCGACUCGGCCUACGCCAAAAAGUUCAAGCAGGCCCAGAUGUCGCAGCAGAUCACGCGGUCGACAAUGGCCAACAAGACGCGACUCCGGGUCCUGGGCGCGCGCCAGGAGCUGCUGGACGAGAUCUUUGAGGCCGCCAGCGCCCAGCUCGGCCAAGCUACCCACGACCUGGGCCGCUACAAGGACAUCCUCAGGGACUUGAUCCUGGAGGGCUUCUACGCCAUGAACGAGCCGGAGCUGGUGAUCCGCGCGCGCCAGGCGGAUUAUGACGCGGUCAGGGAGGCGGCGGGGUGGGCGAGCGCCGAGUACAAGCACAAGACGGAUAAGGAUGUCAGGGCGACGAUUGAUGCGGAGAAUCCCGUUCCUGAGGGGAGCGCCGGUGGCAUCAUCAUCGUUGGCGGAAACGGCAAGAUCGAUAUCGACAACACCUUCGAGGCCAGGUUGACCCUGCUUAAGGACAGCGCUCUCCCGGCGAUGCGCAAGGCUCUGUUCGGUGAAAACCCCAACCGCAAGUUCUUCGAUUAAAUGCACCGCUUCUUUGGAAGGCUGCGAAUGCGCAGAAGGCCUACAACAAAGUUACGGCACCUGAUGUUCAGGAAAGGGAGAAAGGAGUCCUGUGGACGAAUCUCCAGAGGGAGACGAAAGCCAGAGGUUCACGCCAGAGCGUUGGGUGCUUACUACUCGUUGUUUGAUGAUGUUCAAUGACAAAGACAAGUUAAGCCAAGAAAGAGUUGGCUAAGGAGUAUAGCAGGUGGUUAUGGAUGAUGGACGAAUGCAUGCAUGGAGGAUUAUCAUGUUAGAGUUUUGUAUGAUACAGUUGUUUUUGCUGUUUCCCCCCUUGUUUAUCGCAAAGCAACUGUUGUUCCAUGCUGUUGGGUUGAUGAGUUGUGUGCUUCUUGUUUUCAGUACCAGAUUUUUGCCAAUCUCGAGAACUCUACGUUUCCUAACAUGGCCAACCAUCUACCUAUAUCUCAACGCUUCUAUAUU